AUGGCUAUAAAUAAUGGUUCGGGUAGUAGCCAAGCAUUAGCAUCAGCUGACGCGGAAACGAGCGGUUCAGGAACAAGUCAAGCUGACGCUUCUGCGGCUGCGGAAAAUCAAGGAACCGGGAGUAGUGAUGCAGAAGCCAAUGCUCAUGCUAUAAAUAAUGGUUCGGGUAGUAGCCAAGCAUUAGCAUCAGCUGACGCGGAAACGAGCGGUUCAGGAACAAGCCAAGCUGAAGCUUCUACGGAAGCGGAAAAUGAAGGAACUGGAAGUAGUGAUGCAGAAGCCGCUGCUAAUGCGGAAAAUGAGGGUACAGGAACGAGCCAAGCAACUGCUUCAGCCAUUGCUAUAAACAAUGGUACAGGAACGAGCCUAGCACAAGCUGGAGCGAAUGCGGAAAAUGAAGGAGCUGGAACAAGUAUAGCCGCCGCGCAUGCCUUCGCGGAAAACAAAGGUGCCGGAAAAAGUCAAGCACAAGCUGCAGCCACUGCAAAAUCGUCCACCCGAGGCCCGAGCAAUACUGGUGAACCAUCUGGACCCAGCAACCCAAGUGGACCAUCCGGACCUAGCAACCCCAGCGGACCAUCUGGCCCAAGCAAUCCAAGCGGACCGGCUGGACCCAGCAACCCAGCAAGUGGACCAUCUGGACCUAGUAACCCAAGCGAACCAUCCGGCCCCAGCAACCCCAGUGAACCAUCUGGCCCCAGCAACCCAAGCGAACCAUCUGGACCUAGCAACCCCAGUGGACCAUCUGGCCCCAGCAACCCAAGCGAACCAUCUGGACCUAGCAACCCCAGCGAACCAUCUGGACCUAGUAACCCCAGCGGAUCAUCAGGCCCUAGCAACCCCAGUGGACCAUCCGGACCAAGUAACCCCAGUGAACCAUCUGGGCCCAGCAACCCAAGUGAACCAUCUGGACCUAGCAACCCCAGUGGACCAUCUGGACCUAGCAACCUAGAUGGUACAGGAACGAGCCAAGCAAUUGCUUCAGCCAUUGCUAUAAACAAUGGUACAGGAACGAGCCUAGCACAAGCUGGAGCGAAUGCGGAAAAUGAAGGAGCUGGAACAAGUAUAGCCGCCGCGCAUGCCUUCGCAAAGUCGUCCACCCGAGGCCCGAGCAAUACUGGUGAACCAUCUGGACCCAGCAACCCAAGUGGACCAUCUGGACCUAGCAACCCAAGCGAACCAUCCGGCCCAAGCAACCCCAGUGAACCAUCUGGCCCUAGCAACCCAAGCGAACCAUCUGGACCUAGCAACCCCAGUGGACCAUCUAGCCCCAGCAACCCAAGCGAACCAUCCGGCCCCAGCAACCCAAGCGAACCAUCUGGACCCAGCAACCCAAGCGGACCAUCCGGACCUAGCAACCCCAGCGAACCAUCUGGACCUAGCAACCCCAGUGAACCAUCUGGCCCCAGCAACUCAAGCGAACCAUCUGGACCUAGCAACCCCAGUGGACCAUCUGGACCUAGUAACACAAGCGAACCAACCGGCCCCAGCAACCCCAGUGAACCAUCUGGCCCUAGCAACCCAAGCGAACCAUCUGGAUCUAGCAACCCCAGUGGACCAUCUGGCCCCAGCAACCCAAACGAACCAUCUGGACCUAGCAACCCCAGCGGACCAUCUGGACCUAGCAACCCAAGCGAACCAUCCGGACCUAACAACCCCAGUGGACCAUCCGGCCCCAGUAACCCAAGCGGACCAUCUGGGCCCAGCAACCCAAGCGGACCAUCUGGACCUAGCAACCCAAGCGAACCAUCCGGACCUAGCAACCCCAGUGAACCAUCUGGCCCCAGCAAUUCAAGCGGACCAUCCGGCCCCAGCAACCCAAGUGGACCAUCCGGACCUAGCAACCCCAGCGGACCAUCUGGACCUAGCAACCCAAGCGAACCAUCCGGACCUAGCAACCCCAGCGGUCCAUCUGGCCCCAGCAACCCAAGCGGACCGUCUGGACCCAGCAACCCCAGUGGACCAUCUGGACCUAGCAACCUAGAUGGUACAGGAACGAGCCAAGCAACUGCUUCAGCCAUUGCUAUAAACAAUGGUACAGGAACGAGCCUAGCACAAGCUGGAGCGAAUGCGGAAAAUGAAGGAGCUGGAACAAGUAUAGCCACCGCGCAUGCCUUCGCAAAGUCGUCCACCCGAGGCCCGAGCAAUACUGGUGAACCAUCUGGACCCAGCAACCCAAGUGGACCAUCUGGACCUAGCAACCCAAGCGAACCAUCCGGCCCAAGCAACCCCAGUGAACCAUCUGGCCCUAGCAACCCAAGCGAACCAUCUGGCCCCAGCAACCCAAGCGAACCAUCCGGCCCCAGCAACCCAAGCGGACCAUCUGGACCUAGCAACCCCAGCGAACCAUCUGGACCUAGCAACCCCAGCGAACCAUCUGGACCUAGCAACCCCAGUGAACCAUCUGGCCCCAGCAACACAAGCGAACCAUCUGGACCCAGCAACCCAAGCGGACCAUCUGGACCUAGCAACCCCAGCGAACCAUCUGGACCUAGCAACCCCAAUGAACCAUCUGGCCCCAGCAACCCAAGCGAACCAUCUGGACCUAGCAACCCCAGUGGACCAUCUGGCCCCAGCAACCAAAGCGGACCAUCUGGACCUAGCAACCCAAGCGAACCAUCUGGCCCCAGCAACCCAAGUGAACCAUCUGGCCCCAGCAACCCAAGCGGACCAUCUGGACCUAGCAACCCAAGUGGACCAUCUGGACCUAGCAACCCAAGCGAACCAUCCGGACCUAGCAACCCCAGUGAACCAUCUGGCCCCAGCAAUCCAAGCGAACCAUCCGGCCCCAGCAACCCAAGCGGACCAUCCGGACCUAGCAACCCCAGCGGACCAUCUGGACCUAGCAACCCAAGCGAACCAUCCGGACCUAGCAACCCCAGUGAACCAUCUGGCCCCAGCAAUCCAAGCGAACCAUCUGGCCCCAGCAACCCAAGCGGACCAUCCGGACCUAGCAACCCCAGCGGACCAUCUGGACCUAGUAACCCAAGCGAACCAUCCGGCCCCAGCAACCCAAGUGAACCAUCUGGCCCUAGCAACCCAAGCGAACCAUCUGGAUCUAGCAACCCCAGUGGACCAUCUGGCCCCAGCAACCCAAGCGGACCAUCUGGACCUAGCAACCCCAGCGAACCAUCUGGACCUAGCAACCCCAGUGGACCAUCUGGCCCCAGCAACCCAAGCGAACCAUCCGGACCUAGCAACCCCAGCGGACCAUCUGGACCUAGUAACCCAAGUGAACCAUCCGGCCCCAGCAACCCCAGUGAACCAUCUGGCCCUAGCAACCCAAGCGAACCAUCUGGAUCUAGCAACCCCAGUGGACCAUCUGGCCCCAGCACCCCAAGCGAACCAUCUGGCCCUAGCAACCCCAGCGAACCAUCUGGACCUAGCAACUCCAGUGAACCAUCUGGCCCCAGCAACCCAAGCGAACCAUCUGGACCUAGCAACCCAAGUGAACCAUCCGGCCCCAGCAACCCCAGUGAACCAUCUGGCCCUAGCAACCUAGAUGGUACAGGAACGAGCCAAGCAACUGCUUCAGCCAUUGCUAUAAACAAUGGUACAGGAACGAGCCUAGCACAAGCUGGAGCGAAUGCGGAAAAUGAAGGAGCUGGAACAAGUAUAGCCACCGCGCAUGCCUUCGCAAAGUCGUCCACCCGAGGCCCGAGCAAUACUGGUGAACCAUCUGGCCCCAGCAAUCCAAGUGGACCAUCUGGACCCAGUAACCCAAGCGGACCAUCCGGACCUAGUAACCCCAGCGGACCAUCUGGACCUAGUAACCCAAGCGAACCAUCCGGCCCCAGCAACCCCAGUGAACCAUCUGGCCCCAGCAACCCAAGCGGACCAUCCGCACCUAGCAACCCCAGCGGACCAUCCGGACCUAGCAACCCAAGCGAACCAUCCGGCCCCAGCAACCCAAGCGGACCAUCCGGACCUAGCAACCCCAGCGGACCAUCUGGACCUAGCAACCCAAGCGAACCAUCUGGCCCCAGCAACCCAAGCGGACCAUCUGGACCUAGCAACCCAAGCGAACCAUCCGGACCUAGCAUCCCCAGUGAACCAUCUGGCCCCAGCAACCCAAGCGGACCAUCCGCACCUAGCAACCCCAGCGGACCAUCCGGACCUAGCAACCCAAGCGAACCAUCCGGCCCCAGCAACCCAAGCGGACCAUCCGGACCUAGCAACCCCAGCGGACCAUCUGGACCUAGCAACCCAAGCGAACCAUCUGGCCCCAGCAACCCAAGCGGACCAUCUGGACCUAGCAACCCAAGCGAACCAUCCGGACCUAGCAACCCCAGUGAACCAUCUGGCCCCAGCAAUCCAAGCGAACCAUCCGGCCCCAGCAACCCAAGCGGACCAUCCGGACCUAGCAACCCCAGCGGACCAUCUGGACCUAGUAACCCAAGCGAACCAUCUGGCCCCAGCAACCCAAGCGGACCAUCUGGCCCCAGCAAUCCAAGCGAACCAUCCGGCCCCAGCAACCCAAGCGGACCAUCCGGACCUAGCAACCCCAGUGGACCAUCUGGCCCCAGCAAUCCAAGCGGACCCUCUGGACCCAGCAACCCCAGUGGACCAUCUGGCCCUAGCAACCCCAGCGGACCAUCUGGACCUAGCAACCCAAGCGAACCAUCUGGACCUAGCAACCCCAGUGGACCAUCUGGACCUAGUAACCCAAGCGAACCAUCUGGCCCCAGCAACCCAAGCGGACCAUCUGGCCCCAGCAAUCCAAGCGAACCAUCCGGCCCCAGCAACCCAAGCGGACCAUCCGGACCUAGCAACCCCAGUGGACCAUCUGGCCCCAGCAAUCCAAGCGGACCCUCUGGACCCAGCAACCCCAGUGGACCAUCUGGCCCUAGCAACCCCAGCGGACCAUCUGGACCUAGCAACCCAAGCGAACCAUCUGGACCUAGCAACCCCAGUGGACCAUCUGGCCCCAGCAACCCAAGUGGACCAUCCGGACCUAGCAACCCCAGCGGACCAUCUGGACCUAGUAACCCAAGCGAACCAUCUGGCCCCAACAACCCAAGCGGACCAUCUGGACCUAGUAACCCAAGCGAACCAUCCGGCCCCAGCAACCCCAGCGGACCAUCUGGACCUAGCAACCCAAGCGAACCAUCUGGACCUAGCAACCCCAGUGGACCAUCUGGCCCCAGCAACCCAAGUGGACUAUCCGGACCUAGCAACCCCAGCGGACCAUCUGGACCUAGUAACCCAAGCGAACCAUCUGGCCCCAGCAACCCAAGCGGACCAUCUGGCCCCAGCAAUCCAAGCGAACCUUCCGGCCCCAGCAACCCAAGCGGACCAUCCGGACCUAGCAACCCCAGUGGACCAUCUGGCCCUAACAACCCCAGCGGACCAUCUGGACCUAGCAACCCAAGCGAACCAUCUGGACCUAGCAACCCUAGUGGACCAUCUGGUCCCAGCAACCCGAGUGGUCCAUCUGGCCCCAGCAACCCCAGCGGACCAUCCGGACCUAGCAACCCAAGUGAACCAUCUGGCCCCAGCAACUCAAGUGGACCAUCUGGACCUAGCAACCCAAGCGAACCAUCCGGCCCCAGCAACCCAAGCGGACCAUCUGAACCUAGCAACCCCAGCGGACCAUCUGGACCCAGCAACCCAAGUGGACCAUCCGGACCUAGCAACCCAAGCGAACCAUCCGGCCCCAGCAACCCCAGCGGACCAUCUGGCCCCAGCAACCCUAGUGGUCCAUCUUGCCCAAACAUGCCCAGCGGACCAUCAGGCCCAAGCAAUCCUAGUGGCCCAUCUGGCCCCAGCAAUCCAAGCGAACCAUCUGGCCCCAGCAACCCAAGUGGACCAUCCGGACCCAGCAACCCCAGCGGACCAUCCGGACCCAGCAACCCCAGCGGACCAUCUGGACCUAGCAACCCGAGUGGUCCAUCUGGCCCAAGCAACCCAAGCGAACCAUCUGGCCCCAGCAACCCAAGCGGACCAUCUGGACCUAGCAACCCCAGCGGACCAUCUGGCCCCAGCAACCCAAGUGGUCCUUCCGAACCUAGCAAACCCAGUGGACCAUCUGGCCCCAGCAAUCCUAGUGAACCAUCUGGCCCCAACAACCCAAGUGGACCAUCUGGACCUAGCAACCCAAGCGAACCAUCCGGCCCCAGCAACCCAAGUGGACCAUCCGGACCUAGUAACCCCAGUGGACCAUCUGGCCCCAGCAACCCAAGCGAACCAUCCGGCCCCAGCAACCCCAGCGGACCAUCUAGCCCGAGCAACCCUGGAGGUCCUCCAAGUAAUCCUGGAAUUUCUCCUGGAAACCCAGGUCCUCCAGAAUGCAAACCUAUUAUCAUUUAUAGAAACCCAAGCCGAAGACUCAAGGACCGUUAUGUUUACCUACCUGAAAUAACAAUAACAGAACGUAAGGGAAUAGUUAAUUUAUGUAUAUAG